AGUUCACAGGAUAUCACAUCAGCAUUCAGCUUUAUGUGUGGAUGUACACUUGAGUGUGGGGAGGAUACUCUGCACAACCCUAAAUACGUAUUUUUCAAGAGAAUGAUCUCAACCAAUCCCUGAAAACAUGUAGACAAUAAUUUAAAAUUCAACUACCCCUUAUGAUUUACACAUAUUAAAAUGCAGUAGGAAUUAAAUAAAACUGCAUCUCUCCAUCGACGUGGGCAGCACAAAAUCGAAUUGUUCCCCUUUCCCUUAUUUUCUCCCCUUGGUGGAGAGGAUUUUGGAGGCGGUGCUAAGAGGCGUGGCAAAUAGAAUAUUACCUCAAAGUGAAACGAUCACCAAGCUGAACUCUACCAGUCUCCACUGGGACGUUGAAUCGGAUAGUGAAGUUGUCAGUGCGGCUAUAAUCGAAAUUUUAAAACAAUUUUUCUUGCUCGUAUCUUAAAAUAUUUUACUCCAAGUGUAUUGACUAUUUGUUUACACAAAAUUUAUAAUGGCUUCAAGAUUCCGUUAAUUCAUUUCAAAUUAAUGUGUUAAUUUAUAUAAAAGUUUUAAGUGACUGAUUAAAUUAAAAAAAAAUUUAUUGACAAACUUUCAAUAGGUUUUGUUAAUAAACUUAAUCUGUGUUCAUUGAAGAGUGACAGUUGAAUAGCUUAAUCAACAGAAAAGAUCACAAAAUUUUCAAUGAUGAUGCACGCAAUGAGUGAGCACGCAGGAGGUGUGGGUGGCUUGGGAAUUGGUGCUCUUCCCUUCGAUGGAGUCGGUUUUUAUGAGCAAUCUAGACCUAGAUUUGUUUUAAAAAUGCCAAAAGUUGUGCCAAACCAGAAGGCCAAGUUUGAGACUGAUGAGCUCUUCAGACGAUUGAGUCGAGAAUGUGAGAUUCGAUACACUGGGUUUAGAGAUAGACCAUUAGAAGAACGUCAGGGUCGCUUCCAAAAUGGCUGUCGAGAGGGUCAUACGGAAAUUGCAUUCGCUGCAAUGGGUACAAAUCUUCAACUGACCUUCGGACCUGCUGCCGGAAAUUAUUCUAAUGAGCCUAGUCAAUGUGAUUUCGAUAAAGAACAUGGCAAGGUUCAUUUGCGAUCCCACCUGAUAAUGAACGGUGUAUGUGUAAGGUGGCGAGGAUGGAUCGAUCUCGAACGUCUGGAUGGUGUUGGUUGUCUUGAGUUUGACGAAGAAGCAGCAGCUCGAGAAGAUGAACAAUUACGCAAUGAAUUAAACCGUUAUAAUGAACGUCGACGACAAUUUGACGAAAAACAACGAGCAUAUAGAAGUGCAGCUGCACAACAACCACAUCAUCUUUCUCAUCAUCAUCUUGGUCAUCAUGUUACUGGAACUAGUGGAGUAACAGCACCUACAGACAAGUUUUAUUAAACUUCAAAGUAGACCUGAGUCGAAAUAUUUGCCUAAAAGUGUCCAAUAUUAUACAAUAUACCACAUUCAGCAAUGAAAGUGAGUUAUUUUACUUCAAUUUGAUAAGGAUACAUUGAUUACGAACUAUUCUUGACUUAAGGAAUAUUUUCUUGAAUUAAAAAUGUUGAGUUGCAAUUACCGUUUUAAGUUAAAACGAAAAUGAUAUUGUCUUGGGAUGAGCAAUACCUAUAUUUUAGUUUCAUUGCGUUUUUUUCAGUAAAAUCAAAUAUUUCGACUCAAGGAUUGAAUCAUUUACAUUACAUCAGUAUUGUACAUUAGUAUCUUACAAUUGUCAAAUUAAUUUUAAUAAAAUUGUUUUAUUUAUUGGUGA